AUGUCCUCUAUGCCACUACCUACCCCCUUGUUCCAUGCCCAGAAUGGGGUCUUCGUCAUGGCGGACCGUUACCGCCAUGGCGUCUCAUUGGCCAUCACCCUUGACCAACUGCGUCUGUACCUGCAGUACGAUGCUGACCUGCGCAGCGGGGCUUCUCCCGACACCAUCAUUACACCCAUCGGCUACGACGACUUCGCCAUUGCCCUCAACUCAAAUGCCAGUGCAGGCAUCCAAGUUGCCAUGGUGCAAGAGGAAGAUGAGGGAGUCCGCAUCACCGGACGCCCUCCAACCUUAGCUGAACUCGUUGGCCUUGAAGCCACUCGACGAGCAGCACCCACCCCUCGUGACCCUCGGGAAGACGCUGGAGGUAAAUGGUUAGACUCGUGCCGCACUGAGCUCAUGGACCACGCAUUGUGGGACAACCUGGAGCGGAUUAAGAAACAACGCGCUUGGCGCAACAAGAGUGUGGCCGAACGUCAGGCUAAGCGAAAGCGACGGGAGGACGACGAGGCGAUGCGCCCUUUCGCGCCCUCCACUUCCCUGAUCAACACUCUCACUGGGCCCUCUGGCCAGAACAAUCCCACCACGCCAUCCAUUCCUCCUCCACCUCCUAUCACACCAAUCCCAGACCCUCCUGCUCCUCCAGCCAAUGACGAGGAUGAGGAAAUGGGCGAUGGUAGUGCUGAAGAACGUACCCAGGGGAAGGGUAAGGGAAAGGGACUUGGUCGCAUCCUGAAGAAGUAA